UUUACUAUUAAAAUUAAUGUAUUAGCUGCAGUUUUUAACAAAUAUCACAACACACUGUUAUAUUAAAAACAUAAUGUGAGAUUCCUCCGCAGAAGGUUGUAGAAGGUUCUUGAAAGUUCGAGAAGCCUCGAUUUGAGUAGGGGAAUCCCCCCCAAAGUUUAGAAAACUUUACCGCGGCACAGGAGUAACUUGGCUCAUUCUUACGCAAUAAUAUAAAAUAUCAACAGUAUAUUUUACGAGCACCAGACAAUUUAAAACGUACAGAGACAAACGAUUGGCGAACACUGUGAGAAAUACAAAGAACAGUCUGAUUCGCAGGUGAGUGGCACAACAGUCAACAGAAACAAGGAUAAUUAUAGAAGGCAAAAUAAUGUCAAUGAGGUUGAUGAUCCUUCUUCUGGCUGUAAUGGCUACACCAGAACUGGUCCUGGAGGCGUCUGCUGUUCCUGUCCCCGAGUUCGUUUGGGUUGAAAAUCCAGAUUACAACCAAAAAGUGUAUUGCAGGAAUAUAAUUUGUUACCCUGGACAGGAAGCAGUACCAUGUAAGCCAUGGGACAAAUACUCAUCCACUUGUAGAGACUGUAAGAAUGGGACUUACCAGACAUCAACAAAUGAUUUGCUGAACAAUUGCUCACCAAAGACGAUCUGCAGUGACCAGCCGGAGUCUGCGUACCACUGCACAGAGUAUGAAUCCUGGGGUUCCACUACAGAGGACGCCAAGUGUCGAUGUCUGGAAGGCUGCUAUAAGGACAAUAAUGCCUAUGCUUGUCUACGAGCACCUGAUGUCCCCACCACCAAGAAAGUGUGCCCCCUGGGGAGAAUUGCAGAUGGGAAAGGUGACUGCUCAGAUUGUCAAGACGGCUGGUUUUCCAAGGCAGGCCUCUCUGAUGUCCCUUGUCAAGAGCACACCAACUGUACGUCUUUGGGAAAAUGUGUAAUCCAGAGAGGCAACAGUACUGCAGAUAAUGAGUGUUCUGUCAAAACAGUAUCUGAUCCCUCAAGCUGUGGACAGACCCCUGAUGAGAUCCCUGCUAUACCAAUUGCUAAGGAUGAUGGGAUAUCAGUAGGAGGAUGGGUCGGCAUUGCCAUUGCCAUUGCAGUAUUUACCUUUGCUGUACUUGGUGUUUGCUACUGUAUGCACAAGUUUGAAAAGGGUUGCUUCAAACACUCUCCUCCAAGUUGCCUCACUUCUGAAGACAUUGGCUCAAGGGAGGACUUUGUAGAUGGAGACUAUGCUUUUCAGAAUGAAGUGCUUAGAGAGGUUUUCGAACUCCUAGAAAAAGAGAUACCAGAGUGCUGGGAGGAACUUAUAGGACAUCUUUGGCCAAAUGAUAAAGUGGAAACCAUUCGUGCUUCAGUUUUUAAUGACAUGGGAGAGAAAUCAAGCACUCUGAGGCAGAAAAUGAACUGUGUGCUACACUUGUGGAAGCAACGGAAUGCCGAGCAGGCCACUGUGAAAGUUUUAGAGAAGGCGGUGAAGAAAAUUAGCAGCAACAAAGUCAAGGCAGUGGUUGAGAGGAUUCAUGAUGUUGUUAAAAAGGUCAGGAGUUUAAGAGAUGGGGACCAACCAGAGAGCUCCUCUGUUGAGAUCCAGCUGUGACCAAGGUGAAGGUCAUGGACUUGACAAUUUAGACAAUGACAGAAGCCAGGAUGAGAGGGACCCAGGACCAGAAGUAAUUGUAGAUGUCGCUGAAGUUCACUAUAGCAACAGACCUUCAAGUCAGUGCGAAGGAUGUUUAGGUUUGGAACAUCUCCAGCGAUCAAGUUCAGAACACAGCAUGAACAGAUUUGCCUCACAACCAUAUCUAUCACCCCUCCGCCACUCUGUCUCUGAGCCCAACAACGAACAGGAAAUGAAACUUUGCGAGUUAAAAUCGCACCACUAUGAGGGCGACUCAGCUCAAACAUCUGGCAUUGAUCUCUCUUUCAAAUCCUUAAAUGUUAGUUCUACAGAUGUGGCAAUGGUACAGGAUUAGUAGCCAGUCGUGAUAGUCUAGGUUCACUAAGUGUAGAUUCUUAAAAUUUUGUAUUCUGUAUUAUGUCAAAAGGGGGUAGCCUUGAAAGGUCAAGCAAAGAAGUCACAACAGGAAAUUUUUUUAAUAUCCCCU